UUUGGAAUAGUGCUGCAUAGAAAGCCUACAUACUCCACUAUAAAAAGUCUCGUAGUGCACUCACAAACCCUACUCUUCACUCCUUUUCUAUUAGCUUCGCCUCUUCUUAGCGGCUAAGAAGCUCUCUACUUUCGAUUUCAAAAGUUCAUAGUCAUCAUGGGUAAAGAGAAAGUUCACAUCAACAUUGUGGUCAUUGGCCAUGUCGACUCUGGAAAGUCGACUACCACUGGUCACUUGAUCUACAAGCUUGGUGGUAUUGACAAGCGUGUUAUUGAGAGGUUCGAGAAGGAAGCUGCUGAGAUGAACAAGAGGUCAUUUAAGUACGCAUGGGUGCUUGACAAGCUUAAGGCUGAGCGUGAACGUGGUAUUACCAUUGAUAUUGCCUUGUGGAAGUUCGAGACCACCAAGUACUACUGCACUGUUAUUGAUGCCCCUGGACACAGGGACUUUAUCAAGAACAUGAUUACUGGUACCUCCCAGGCUGAUUGUGCUGUCCUUAUCAUUGAUUCCACCACUGGUGGUUUUGAGGCUGGUAUUUCCAAGGAUGGGCAGACACGUGAGCAUGCAUUGCUUGCUUUCACACUUGGUGUCAAGCAAAUGAUUUGCUGUUGUAACAAGAUGGAUGCUACCACCCCUAAAUACUCUAAGGCUAGGUAUGAUGAAAUCGUUAAGGAAGUUUCUUCCUACCUGAAGAAGGUUGGAUACAACCCUGAUAAAGUUCCCUUUGUCCCCAUCUCUGGUUUUGAGGGAGACAAUAUGAUUGAGAGGUCCACCAACCUCGACUGGUACAAGGGUCCAACCCUCCUUGAGGCUCUUGACCAAAUUAAUGAGCCCAAGAGGCCCUCAGACAAGCCCCUCCGUCUUCCUCUUCAGGAUGUUUACAAGAUUGGUGGUAUUGGUACUGUUCCUGUCGGUCGUGUGGAGACUGGUGUAAUUAAGCCCGGUAUGGUGGUAACCUUCGGUCCUACUGGUCUGACCACUGAAGUUAAAUCUGUUGAGAUGCACCACGAAGCUCUUCAGGAGGCACUUCCCGGUGACAAUGUUGGAUUCAACGUCAAGAAUGUUGCGGUUAAGGAUCUCAAGCGUGGUUUUGUGGCUUCCAACUCCAAGGAUGACCCAGCCAAGGGGGCUGCCAGCUUCACCUCCCAGGUCAUCAUCAUGAACCACCCUGGCCAGAUUGGAAACGGAUAUGCUCCAGUCCUUGAUUGCCACACCUCACACAUUGCCGUCAAGUUUUCUGAGAUCUUGACCAAGAUUGACAGACGGUCUGGUAAGGAACUUGAGAAGGAGCCCAAGUUCUUGAAGAAUGGUGACGCUGGCAUGGUUAAGAUGAUUCCCACUAAGCCUAUGGUUGUUGAGACAUUCUCAGAGUACCCACCAUUGGGUCGUUUUGCUGUGAGGGACAUGAGACAAACUGUUGCUGUUGGUGUUAUCAAGAGCGUUGACAAGAAGGAUCCAACCGGUGCCAAGGUGACCAAGGCUGCUCUGAAGAAGAAGUGAGGAUGUUUUGAUUAAUUUCUUACAUGGUUGAUCUAUUUUAUUUGCAUUGAUGUUCUCAAUUUUGUUAUGGACACUUCUCCAUCGAUGCCAUUGUCAUUUCUUAGUUGCGUUGAUGGGAGACACAGUUGGUACUAUUUUCUUUGUUGCUGUAAAACGGUUUUAAUUUAUUUGGCAUCAAAACGUUUUCCGGUCA